GAGAGCAACAUCUCCAAUUCAAACACCAGGAUUUGUCCAAGGGAGAGAACACGUAUCUGAACCACCAGGCCACAGAGGUAACAAAGGCCUGUCUCACUAUGAAGCUAUCUUUGGCUCUGGUUUUUGCAUUUGUUGUCCCGCUCAUCAGGGCUCAGGUGCCCCACUGGGGACCGUGUCCAGAACCAGCUGUUCAACCUGGGUUCAACCUCAAACAGUUUAUGGGAAGAUGGUUUGAAAUCGCCAAACUGCCGGCACAGUUUGAGAAGGGCCGAUGCAUUGAAACCAAUUUCACUUUGAGGACAGACAACUCCAUUCGAGUGGUCAGCUCUGAAAUACUCAAAGGAGAGCUGAGGAAAAUCGAAGGGACUGGAGUCAUAGAGGAUAUGAAGAAUCCAGCCAAGCUGGGAAUAAGUUAUUCCUAUGUCCUGCCCUACUCCCCUUACUGGAUCCUGUCCACUGACUAUGUGAACUCAGCCCUUGUGUACUCCUGCACGGAUGUCCUGAGGCUCUUCCAUGUCGACUUCGCCUGGAUCUUGGGCCGAACACGAACCCUGCCGGACUCCACCAUCGAGAAAGCCAAGGAGACCUUCGCCAACAACAACAUUGACGUGAGCAGGAUGAUUGCCAGCAGGCAGCAGGGCUGUGACAAAACUCUCUGAGCAGCAUCAGUGGAAAUGCAACACAAGAUGGCGCUGUUAGUGACAAGGAGGGAGAAGACGAGUCCAACUUUGAUUAGUAUUUUGUGGAAGUUGUGACCAGGAGGGUCGACUCAACUCUGUUACUCAGUUUGUUUAUGUGUGGAACAUAAAGCGUCCUUUUAAGACAAUAUAAAUGUUUGCAGAACAAAAUAACUGCAUGCCUAUACUGUAUAUUUUAGUAAGUAGUUUGAUGUGAGGUUAAGUUUAACAGUAACUGAAUACUAAGUCAUAGUUUACCCACCUUUUUAUUUAACACAUCAGCACUGUUUGUGAUAUAAUGAGUUGAGAGUAAUGUUCUGCACAGAUUUGUCAGUUCAGCAUGUUCAUUUUGUCACAAUGAAAAAAUGUUUGUUCUUUCAUUUGCAGUAU